UCUUUUUUCAUUUAUUGAGACCCCUAACAUUUGUUUGAUCAACGUUUCUUGGUCGGCCAGCAAAUUUUGAGAUUAACUAAUGAAGGUUGCUUUGGCCAAUCUUGUAUUGCAGGAAUGAAAUCUCUAAAUUGGGUUCCAAAUCAUGUAUGAUUAUUCUUCUCAUUCUAGACUCCGAAAUUUUAGUUGAAGCGUCUAACUUAGAAAUUGUACGACAGAGAGAUUUAAUUUUUUUAAAAUAUUGACUUACCAUUCUCUUUGAGUAAUAGCUCGUUUUCCAGCAAUUACAACCUCGAGUUAUUUUUCUUCAAGAAUAGUGAGACCAAAGUGUCCCUGCUUCCUUCAGUGUUCUUAUCCCUUAUGUGGUUCAACAAUUCUUCCUCGAUUAUUGUCUUUAAAACGAAAUAGCCUUACUCGCUUUGAUUCUUCACUUCUUCAGAGCCAUAGCUUCAUCUAGUGGCGUCAUGUCAUUUUCACAGACUACUUUCUAUAGAUCUUGUCCUUGGAGGUACAACUCCAUGCAUGUUUGUCAUGUUGUGUAGUUCGAAUUAUUGAGUUUUUUACUUCGCCUACCGCUUGUAAUCAAGCAAGCUUCAAUAAAAGCUUCACAAUCUCCCUUUCUGCACGAACUCCAGAAGCUCAAAAAUCGGUCCUCAACCGCUUUGCUUUAAUACACAAUUGUUGAAUUUGAACUCACAGAGAAAAUAGAAUUUUAUUGAUGAAAUGGAUUUUACACUAUUUUGGACACACACCAAAGCCACUAACCACUUGAAAUAUUAUUUAACAAAGGAGCACUCAACUUAUUUUAUCUCUUUCUUUGCUUCUCUCUACAGUCUAUCACUCUUUCUCUCACACACUACUAAUAUGCACUGCUUUCUCUUUUUCUUUCUGUUUUCUCUUCUCCACUCUCAAUUCACUCUAUCUUCCAUACACAGUAGAUACAACCCGCACACACACAUAUAUAGGCAGUAAAGUUGGUGGUUGAUGCUUCUAGUAAUGCGGUGGCUGGCUCCUGGAUUCAUGGCAACAAACUUCUGGAUAUUUCUUCAUGUGGCGGUAGUAAAUUAUUCAUUUGGAUUAUUCUAGCUUCUUCCAGCAAUUUAUUUUCUUUGGAGGUACCAGAAAAUUCUGGUGACUUCUCUAAAAGGCGGUGCUGUAUUUUCAUAUUGUGACUUCAAAGAAGAACUUAUGUUAUGACUCAAUUUGAAUACCAGGAUAUGCAAUCAUAAAAUUAGGAAUGUGGAAAGAUGUACAUCAUUUUGGAGUACUGCAGAGGGGGUGACCUUUCGAUGUAUAUUAACCAACAACAUGGCCGAAUCCCUGAAGCAAUUGCAAAACACUUUAUGCGGCAGCUAGCGGAGGGACUAAAAAUUCUUCGUGAAAACAACCUUAUACAUCGAGAUCUAAAGCCCCAGAAUCUCCUCCUGUCCACCAACGACGACAACUCUGUUCUCAAGAUUGCUGAUUUUGGCUUUGCAAGAUCACUACAACCUAGAGGCCUUGCAGAAACCUUAUGCGGUUCACCACUAUAUAUGGCUCCUGAGAUUAUGCAACUGCAAAAGUAUGAUGCAAAGGCAGAUCUCUGGAGUGUUGGCGCCAUUCUAUUUCAGCUUGUCACAGGUAGAACCCCAUAUACGGGGAACAAUCAGAUACAGCUGCUCCAGAACAUUGUAAAAUCAACUGAAUUGCAAUUCCCACCUGAUGUGAAGAAUUUGAAUCCUCACUGCAUUGACUUGUGUAGGAAAUUGCUACGCCGCAAUCCAGUGGAGCGGUUGACGUUUGAAGAAUUUUUCAAUCAUCCAUAUCUUUCUAUGAGGCGGCCUGAUAAAUCAUUCAGGAACACAGAAGAAAGUUCACAAGAAGAUUGCUCUCCCUUCCAUAUAGAUGAUUCCAGUGGGCCUGACAAGAAUCCAUCUUCUGUUGGGAGUUCCACCGUGAGAUACACACAUGGAUUUUCUCUGGACUCAAAACCUGACAGGAGGGAAUUGUCUAAUUUCUCUAACAAAAUGGAUCUUUUUUCCAAGUACAGUAAUUCCCCCCCAUGUAAACCAGAAACUACAGGGACUGGUCUUGGCAUCCUCCAACUUUCAGAAGGGAACCUAAAAGAAUCUCUGAAAACCAGAGACCUUGGAUCAGUAAAUUAUGACUUAGAAGUUGUGGAUUUGAUGGAGUCUGAUCAAGAUUAUGUCCUCGUGUACCCCACAAUGGAUUCAUCGUCUGUACAUACUUCUAAGACAAGUUGUUUGCCUUCUAAAUCUGGUAGUACGACACUUGACUUUGGACAUAUCUCCACACCAAGUGCUCCAUUCUCAAUAGUUGGUGCAGCAACUAGUAUGGUGGAUUACAUUGUAAAUUUAGACAGUCACAUUUCUGCUCUUGGGACGUCACAGGGAUCAAUCAACAUAGUAGACACUUCAGAACUGCCAUCAACUGAUUGCAUGACAAGGAUCAAGUCAUUGCAGAGUUUUGCAUUGGCCAUAAUUGAAUUAGUGACUGAAAAGAUUGAAGCAGGAAAACAUCUAGAUGCAUUCUCAAUUCAGCUUGUGAUUCUUGCCAUAUGGAAGCAAGCAUUGCAUAUUUGUCAAACUCAAAAAGCAUCGGCUAUUGAAGGAAGUUCGACUGAGGAGACCACAAAAUUGAGGGUAAUCUCGAAGCUGCAGCAUAGUCCUGUUGUCCAAGAGUCUUGUGACACUACUAGCACUAAGGGGCUGGUGGAGACAUUUUCUCAAAUCAAGAGAGCGUUUUUAAAUGAAGUGGGAAACGCCGAGGAACUUGCUAAAGUAGUGGACACUGGAGAUUUUGAGAUGCCAGAUCCAAUGGAGUUGAUAUACCGAUCUGCCCUAGCUUUCGGCAGACAUGCAGCUGUUGACGAGUAUAUGGGCAAUACAGAAGUUGCCAUAACUUUUUAUUCAAAAGCAGUUCAGUUAUUGACAUUUCUUCUGGAGGAAGCACCGUCCCUCAUUCUAAAUCCCCCGUUUUUUCUCGGUAGCUCAGACAGGCAUAGGAUUCAGAAUUACAUUGACGUCCUGAGGCAGCGUAUUUCAGAGUCUCAAAGAGUGGCCAUCUUCAAGUCUGAGGAUCAGCCAUCCCCACCAUGAAAACCAGUGCAGAGCAACUGGUAAUCCCAAACUGGGAAAGACGAUCAUGCUUCACUCUAUAAAUAUUUUUCUUUAUCUCAAUUCUUGGUUCUUUAGGUCUCUGGGGGCAUAAGAUGAAUCCCAUUGUCCAUGGGAUGAAAGAUUGUUUUGUAAAUAUACACGUAAC